UUAAUACUUGCGCCCAGCCCCCCACCAACGCAUACCGUCGUUGACUUCGUCGUAGGAGAUUGGGAGAGGGGUUACCCGCGCUUAAUCAAAGUUUAACUAAAAAAAAAACAACUCCGUUCUUAAACUUACCAAGAUGGCACGUACCAAGCAGACUGCCCGUAAGUCCACUGGAGGAAAGGCGCCAAGGAAGCAGCUCGCUACAAAGGCUGCCAGGAAGAGCGCGCCCUCUACAGGCGGAGUGAAGAAGCCCCAUCGUUACAGGCCUGGAACCGUGGCCUUGAGGGAGAUUCGUCGUUACCAGAAGUCUACGGAGUUGCUAAUCCGCAAGCUGCCCUUCCAGCGCCUGGUGAGAGAAAUUGCCCAAGACUUUAAGACUGAUCUGCGCUUCCAGAGCGCUGCCAUUGGAGCUCUUCAGGAGGCCAGUGAGGCUUACUUGGUGGGCCUGUUUGAGGACACCAACCUGUGUGCCAUCCACGCCAAACGUGUCACCAUCAUGCCGAAAGACAUCCAGCUGGCCCGCAGGAUAAGAGGGGAGAGAGCCUAAAUGGCUACUGGCAGCAACAGCAAAUAUUCCCUAUUUAUCAUACUUAGCCAUUCUUUGUGGACUUUUUUUUGAGUUUUUUUUUUUUUUUUUGUAUUGUAUCUUAAAUUGAGACAAAUG